AUGAACCAAGAAGAUGGUACCAACAAGCUUAGAGCAAGCAAAGUCAUACCGUCCCUAGGUGGGGCGGCAACGUCGAGUAUGGAUUCGACAGCAAAAGCCGCGGAACAGAGUUUGAAUGACGGGUUACAAACCGACGCGGCUGAAUAUUAUUUGCUGGAAAGUUUGGAAGAAAAAGGAAGGCGAACCAUUCCCAACGGGGAUGGUUUUCGACCUGCUGUUGAAGGGGAACGGGCUCCUCUUGGUCUAAAUACUCUAGGGAGAGCAUUUGAUGAAGAAGCCCCUGUGGCCACCUCGUCUGCGCCGAGGUUUCGAAACAUGGCACAACUGGCACGUCAACGAAGUCAGAGAUCCUUUCAGUCUGCUGACGAGCAGCAGACUAACGGCAACCUUUCAAAUUCAAUUCCAUUGAACAACCAGAAGCGUGUACAAUCACUGCUCGAAAGUAUCAAUGAUAACGAAGAAGAAAAUUUCAAUUCAAUGGAAGGGGAUGGAUUAUUCCGCGGGGCCCCAAUGGAAAUUGAUGUGGACGAGUCCCGUGAUCCCCUGUUCGACGAAACAAUAGAUGACUAUUCAUCAGCACAGCAUCAAAGGCUACUCGCGGCAAGGAGAAAUGGACCAAGGCCACGUUUUCAAUGGAAUCUCGCAUGCCUCAAUCCGUUGGAGUUUAUCAAAGUUUUGUUGCAGGUCACACUUGUGCCAUUUUUUGUAUGGGCUGUUCCUUUGUUCAUCAUUUCCUGGAUAUUGUUUGAGUACGCUGGAAACCCUGAGCUCGACUUCAUGCCUGGUGAAGCCACCGUUUCUUGGUGGUUGAGCUUUUUCGGUCAACACGUUAUCUUGCUUCAAUUGUCCUACAUUCUCCAAGCACUUUUGAUCGACUGUAUCAUUCUAUCCACUCGGUUAGUCUCGGUCAUUGUCGGCCCUUGGGCGGCGCUGUUUUGCCUUCAAUCACGAGGAUGGCCAUUCUUAGUCGGAUGCUGGGGAAUCUUGGCGAUGGUAUUCUUACACGGUGACGAUGCCUUUAGCCAGCAUUGGCUGUACUUUACUGGAAUGAAGAUUUUCACUGCUUCUAAUUCGGGAAGCUACAUUAUCGCUUCUAAUGCAUACCUUCGAGUUCUGAUUGGAAUGGUACUUGCUGGAGCUAUCACAUCGUUGAAGCGAACAUUUGUGACCCUCUACUUUGGAAAGAGAAGUUUUGAUAUAUACAAGACCAAGCUGGAGAAGCUUCUCAACAAGGUGAUCUUGGUUUCUGAAGUUGCUGAGCUUUCGGCUGCAGCGAGUGAUAUCCCACUAACAGAUAGCAAGAGAAGUGAUGCCACGCCGGUCAGCGAUCGAAGAAGCGGCCUUGGUCUCGGUGUUCGCUGGGCUAGUCUUCGUUUUGAGGACGGCAAAACAAUGAAAAAUGCUCCAGGGGAUGUGAUUCAGGAAAAAGAUGAUCUAGAUAAUGAUGAGGAUGGUGAAGAUGAUGAUAGCGAUGGAAGUGAUAGUAGUUACGACAGUGAUCGUGCCGGGAUCAAGAAGGGUGGGCGCAAGCAAGAUAAAGGCAAAGAAAUAGAGGAUCAGAUUAAUUCUGAUCGAAGGGCCAAUCGUACUCCUUUCACCAAAUCCUACUCUACUCUUUCACUUGACACAAGUGUAAAGCACUUCAAAAUUAAGAAUCUACUGGGCCGAUGGGACGAUCCAUUGAACAAGAUGGAUACGGGAUCGAACUCUUCAGUCUCGGACAUUUUGAAGUUUCGUAAGGCCCUAACUUACAUGGAUCUUGAACACCCAUUCUCCGAUUCGUUUGGACCAGCAGCAACCAGAGACGAACUAUUGACUUCUUCUCAGGCUGUCUAUUCGCGGCUUCGACAGCUUGCGGAAGGAUCAUCGAUCUUGCCUUUCUCUGUGCUAGCGGUAUUGGCCGAAAACGAUGAUGGGACCAUCGACAAGCAGAAGCAAAAAAGCUUGAAAAAGACAUUCCCGCCAGACAGAAGUGGCAAUGUCUCUCUCUUAGCAUUUGUGAGCGGCUGUGAUUCAGUCUACAAGAAGCUUCGUUACUUUAGGGCCUCUGUAGGCAACGCAUCAGUGAUCGACAAAGUUCUCGAGAAUAUAGUCGACACUGUUUUCUUCUUUGGACUCACUGUCCUCAUUCUGGCCUUAUUGAACUUAAAUCCAUGGCCACUACUUGUGUCCACAACCACCCUGCUGGUGACUUUUGCUUUCGCUGUUGGACCAAGUGCUCAAACUGCCAUUGAGGGCAUGAUUCUCAUUGUGGGUCGAAGACCUUAUGACAUUGGUGACCGAAUCAUCAUUUCUGAUAGCCCUGGCGGAUCGCCUCCAGGAGUAGGCGAAUCGUGGUUCGUUGAAGACAUUACACUCUUCUCCACAACAUUACGAUUUGGACACACCAAUGAGGUCGCAACUGUUAGCAAUGGCUCAAUUUCACAAGCAAGAAUCACAAACUGUGCGAGAUCAAAGAACGCGAAUGUUCGCCUUGAAAUGCGGUUUCACAUUCGUCUUCAUGAGGGCUCCAACUUAUCAGACUUUAGGGAAGCACUUGAUGCCUAUGUCUUGAACAAUCCAAACCGGUGGAAUUCGAUCAAUUACUUCCGCUGCCAAGAAAUUGAUACUGACAAUGAGUUCUUGACCUACCGCUUGGUGACUCGGUCAACUCAGUCAUGGCAACCUGCAUCGAGAGUGCUUGAGCACCGAGCACAGCUACACCGGUUUUGUUUAGAUCUUGCAAUCAAGAUGGGAGUUCAAUACGAAGCUCCGAUUCUAGCUCGUGUUGUCUAUAACGGAGGCGAAAUGCUGGAUGCCUCUGAUCCCAAGGUGAAUAGAGCAAGAGAUCGGCAAGAAAGUAUAGGAUCUGUCCGAUAA